CUCAGUUCUUUAUUUUAUGUUCAUUCAAUAAAAAUGGAAUUUAUAAAUUGUCUCGCGGCAAUUUUAUGCACCUUAUUUCUGUCAAGUACAGGGUCGAUGGAGCCAGACGGAGGGGGAUGCCCAAGGUUUGCGUUUGAGCACAAACUUCUUGAAAGUCUUGUUCGUGUCGAACAUGCAGUUACGACAUUGGGAAAUAAAAUUAACAACCUUGAAGAACGGAUUAACACAUUGGAAAGUACAGAUAAAAGUAACAGCAAAAUGGUUGCCUUCACAGCUGUUCUAGAUCGCACUAAAAAGUUCAGUAAAGGGGACAUUGUCAACUUCAACUUAGUUAUGAACAACGCGGGAAAUGGGUAUGAUCGAAACAGUGGGAGGUUUACAGCACCGGUAUCAGGAACGUACAUGUUUGCCUUCCAAAUCGAACACUAUACAAAUCAUAUAGUAGUCCAUCUUAUGUUUGAAAAUGUGCGCCAAUGUAGUGCUGUUAUAAAUCCUAAUGGAAAAAGUACACAGAGUGCAGGAAAUGCCAUAAUUACGUUACAAAGAGGGCAAUCUGUUUGGAUUCAAACAAACGGAGGCGAAUUAUAUGGCAGUGAUAACUUUUACGGGACAGUUUUCAGCGGAGCCUUUUUAUUUUAAAGGAAAUGGUUUUCAGGCGGAAAACAUUGUCGGCGAUUUGGAUCGCAUAUUUUUUAAUACUCUGAAAAAAUAAUUAAAAAUAAUUGUACUGAUGCACAUCGUGUGAAUGUACAUCAUUUCUUUGUUUUCCUUGCCAAGAAUUAGAACUGUGUUUGAGUAUCGACGAUUUGGUACACAUUCUUUUGGGAUGGGACAUGAGUGUGGUGUGGGCCAUGCGUUUUCCGGACAUUGAUUUUUUCAUAUUCAUUUUCAUGUUGAUUUCUAAUUAUCUCCGUGUCUAAACUACUUGGCAAAAGUCACAAAAUACAGAAUAGCAUAACAAUAGAGUUAAUGUUCUAAAACAUUAAAAGAUGAAUCACU